AUGAGUGUCCUCCUCGAGACCUCGGCAGGCGACAUCGUCAUCGACCUACUCGUCGACUACGCCCCCAAACUCUGCGAGAACUUCCUGAAGCUUUGCAAGAUCAAAUACUACAACUUCUCCCCCGUCUACAACGUCCAAAAGAACUUCUCCUUCCAGACCGGCGAUCCUAUCGGGCCUGGCGCGCCAGGAAGUGAUGAUGGCAGCUCGAUAUGGGGUGUUCUCAAUGGGCCUUCGAAGCGGACCUUUGUGGUGGAUAUACAUCCCAAGCUGAAGCAUGCUGAGCGGGGAACCGUCAGCAUGGCUACGAUCGUAUCACCAAGAGAUCCAGACGAGCGCCUUGCGGGCAGUCAGUUUAUUAUCACAUUGGGCGAUGAUCUCGACUAUCUGGACGGCAAAGCUGCGAUAUUCGGAAAGGUGGUUGAAGGCUUUGAUGCUUUGGAGAAGAUCAACGAUGCUUUCUGCGACGACAAGCACAAACCCAUGGUAGACAUUAGGAUCAAGCACACAGUCAUUCUAGAUGAUCCCUACGAUGAUCCGCCGGGUCUUGUCGAGCCUCCAGAAAGUCCGGUACCUACACCAGCACAACUAGCCACCGUCCGGAUUGGAGAAGAUGACAAGCUAGACGAAGAAGGGGAUGCUGAAGCCACAGAAAAAGCCCGACGAGAACGUGAAGCAAGAGCACAAGCCUUGACCCUGGAAAUGGUUGGCGACCUCCCAUUCGCAGAAGUCAAACCGCCAGAGAACGUGCUCUUCGUAUGCAAGCUGAAUCCCGUCACCACAGACGAGGACCUCGAGUUAAUCUUCAGUCGUUUCGGCAAGAUCCUUUCUUGCGAAGUAAUCCGCGAUAAGCGAACCGGCGACUCCCUCCAAUACGCCUUCAUCGAAUACGAAGACCAAGCCUCCUGCGAACAAGCAUACUUCAAAAUGCAAGGCGUUUUAAUCGACGACCACCGCAUCCACGUCGACUUCUCACAAUCCGUCUCGAAACUCAGCGAUACGUGGCGAACAGCCACGAAUUCGAAACGGAGACACGGAAGCGGUGGGUUCGGUGGCGUUAGUGGGUUGGAGAAGAGGAGACAGUAUAAGGUUGAGGGUGGUGAGAGGAGAGAUAAAUAUGGAAUGGUGUAUGACGAAGAGGAGUUGAGGAGAAGACAUGAAAGAGAUGAGAAACAUAGGGAGGAUGAGAAGCGAGAUAGGAGUCGGUCGAGGAGUCCGCAGCGGGACCGAGACUAUGGAUCUAGGGAUGAUAGGCGAGGUGGGAGAGGAGACCGAGGACGAGCUAGUGGAAGCGGCAGAGACCGGUUCGAUGACCGAGAUCGAGACCGUGAUAGGCGAGGUAGAAGAGAUGACAACUACAGACGGCGAUGA